UCCCGUCCUGGACGGGACGUUCCAAGAUCUUUCCUCCUUUGAUCCCAAACUCACUUUACAUGCAUUGCAGCAUUGACUCACGCAGAGAGUCUCUGGGGCAGCUUCAUGUACUCUGAAGUCUGAAGAUUAAAGAAGAACAACAUUGGCAGGACACCCAGGACUCUCGCACUCCCUCCCUCCGGCUCCUAAUCCUCCUUAGCUUCUUCUGUGGACAUGGAUUCUGAUGAUGCACCCCUACCUAUAAAAGGGGUUGUCAUAAUCUCUCUUCCACCUCCAGACAACCCCUCUCUUGGCAAAACUAUCACUGCCUUCACUCUCUAUAACACUCCGAGAACCCAGUCCCAAAGUCAGACCCAAUCCGGCCAGCAACAACCCCAUGGCAACGACAAUCACCAAGACCCUCUCCCACUCCAACAACACCAACCUCCAGCCAACCCUCAAGCUCAAUCUUCACUCUCAAUCAGCAGAACCUCUCUUGGCAUCCCAAGAAAACUCUUGGCCUUUCUAGGCAUCUCUAUGCUCGCUAUUAUACUCUAUUGCUCUGUUUCUUCUCAGACCCAGCAAGAAUUGCGCCGCUCAGAUGAUGAUGAUGAUCAUAGACCCAGUUCGUUUCUUUUUCCUUUGUAUCCCAAAUGGGGGACUAAAAAAGGGGACUUGAAGCUUAGAUUGGGGAAGCUUGUGGAUGUUAAUAAGGGGGAUUUGAUUUAUUCAAUUGAGGAUGGGAGGGGUCCCCGCAUGAUCGACAACUUGGUUGCUUCUAAGGCACAACUUGAUUCCGCUGCCAUUUUACCCGUUAGAGGAGAUGUAUAUCCUAAUGGUUUGUAUUACACGUACAUGCUUGUUGGGAGUCCUCCAAAGCGUUAUUUUCUCGACAUGGAUACUGGGAGUGACUUAACUUGGAUUCAAUGUGACGCUCCUUGCACUAGCUGUGCUAAGGGAGCAAAUGCUUUGUACAAGCCAACAAGAGGCAACGUGGUACCUUCUGAGGACUAUCUGUGCACAGAAGUUCAAAGAAAUCAGGAUUCUGGACAUUGUAAAACUUGCAAACAAUGUGACUAUGCAAUUAAAUAUGCCGAUCAGAGCUCCUCUUCGGGGGUUCUUGCAAGAGAUGAACUGCAUCUAAUAAUGGCAAAUGGAUCAUGGACCAGUUUAAAUGUUGUUUUCGGAUGUGGAUAUGAUCAGCAAGGCCUACUCUUAGAUACUUUGGUAAAGACAGAUGGAAUUCUUGGGCUAAGCGGGGCUAAAGUUAGCCUACCUUCCCAGUUGGCGAGCAAGGGGAUAAUCAACAAUGUGGUUGGUCAUUGCCUUACCCCAGAUGCAGGUGGUGGAUAUAUGUUCUUAGGUGAUGAUUUUGUACCGCACCGGGGUAUGGCAUGGGCUCCUAUGCUUAAUAGCCCAGAAAUAGAUUAUUAUCGUACAGAGAUUGUGAGAAUGAAUUACGGAAGCAAAAUUCUUAGAUUAGGUGUGCCUGACGGCCAAGUA